AUGAUCAUCUACAAGGAUAUUUUGUCCGAUGACGAGAUUAUCUCGGACACUCUCAAGAUCAUUGAUACCAAUAAUGGUCUCUGGGAAGUCGACGGCAAGAUGGUGAAGAAGGGCGCGGACAACUUCGUUCUCGAUGGGGCCAACCCAUCUGCCGAAGGCGAAGAUGCCGAUGAGGGUGGCGAUGAGGGAGAUAAUGCCCCUGUCCUUGAUAUUGCCGACCAAUUUCGACUUCAGAAGAUCGAGGGUGGCAUGUCGAAGAAGGCUUACCAGGCUGAACUCAAGAAGUACAUGAAAGCGUUGGUGGAGAAAUUCAAGGAGGACGGAAAGUCGGCGGAAGAAAUCAAGGCUUUCCAAACCGAUGCGGCGGCAGCAGCCAAAAAGAUUCUGGGAAAUUGGGAAAACUACGAUAUCUACCAGGGAGAGUCCAUGAACGAGAAUGGCAUGUACGUGCUAGUCGACUUCCGUGAGGAUGGGUUGACUCCAUAUGCUACAGUCUGGAAGGCCGGCUUGAAAGAGUACAAGGUGUAG